AUGGAAGAGAUGCGGAUCGAGGUAAGAAGUGAAGAGAAAAGAAAACGAGAACGAUUAAGAGUGGAAAGGGAUUACAUCAAAGUCUACCCCAUCAACGGCUGCUUCUCGCUAAUCGGAUACGCUCAGCAAGGCGGCCAAAUUCUGUCCAUCGACAAAGGCUGCGAAAGAACAACAACGAUGAUUCACGAGUUUAUGCAUGGACUUGGAAUCAAUCACGAGCAGACGCGUCCAGAUCGAGAUGAUUAUAUCACCGUGAACUACGACGUUAUCCAGCCUCCGCUUGGAUUUAACUUUUGGCGUCUUGGAUACAACCGCAAUGCGAGGGGAUUGUGA